GCGCUGGCUUCAACGGGCGGCCCCCGGGAAGUUUCUGCCAGGAUCCGGUCGGUGCUGGUCCCUGGGCCGCCGUGGACGGAGUGUGUCGAGGUCUUAACGCGUGGAGCCCUCCAGCUCCGGGGGGCGCCCCCGCCGUCUCCUGGCUCUGCCUCAUGUCGGUCCGCCUCUCCUCGUGUCAUGGGGUGGACAUUGAUCCUAUGACGCAUGCCCGUAAGAAACAGCUCUUGCUUCUGAAAUACUCAGCUGCUGGCCAAGCUUUGUCACCGAUUGACGGUGAGAGAAUGGAUAGGACUGAGGUGGAGGGCAGCAAGCAAGGAAAUGGUACUGAAGGGCAGAAAGUCCAGACUAGACUUGCCAGUACGACUAAAAGCAGGAAUUUGCAAGAACUCCGAAAGACAUAUCCCUUAAGGAAACGGCUCAGCUCCUCUGUGGACAAAAAAACCUGCUCCGUGCUACUUACUAGACUAGAGGAUGUAGCUGGAUCACUGUCAGAGGAGACUCCAAGGGUGGUGAAAAGAGGUCUUGCCAGUUGCAUAGAUGACUUCAGACCUUCCUGCCUUCCAGAGCAAGUUCAAGUAGCAGGAGCAGGGAAACAGGACUGUUCUAUAGGCAAAUGCCAGCUAUCAUGCCUUGGGACUGAGGAGGAAGGGCAUAAUGUCUGCCUCUCGGAGCCCAGAAAACGGAGACUAGCCUCCUUGAAUGCUGAGGCAGUGAACAACCUGCUCUUUGAACGGAAUGACAACUUGUUAUCUGGCAGGCGUUUUCGAAAAGAUUCCCCGCAGAUUAGUGGGAUUUGUUGCACUAAUAGCAUAUGUUGCAAAGCUCAGGGCUCAUGGCCCUUGACAGAAAAACGAGGCACUAAAACAGCGAAGGGAAAGAACCAAACUAAAUCAAGUCAGAAGUGUGCUCCUUAUAACCAGUCCCCGGGUGGUGACUUUGAAGGGAAAAGACGGGAGGAGAAAGGAAUUCCUUACCAUCCUGCCCCAAAGAGAUUGGCCAGUCUGAAUGCUGCAGCUUUUCUGAAACUGACUCAUGAGAAAGACCAACCAUUAAAGCCCAGAAGUAAAUCAACUGGAGAAAGCAAGAUGGAAGGACACAGUUCCAAAUCAAAACUCAAGUGGGCCAAAGCCAAUGGAAAAAAUUGUGUUAAAUCCAAAAAGGAAAUAUCCUCUGUCAAAAUAGAGGGUCAACGCAGCUGGCAAGGUGUCUCUGAGGGUGCAUUUAGACAAGCAGCUCAUCAGGACUCUCCUAGAAUCUAUGGCAAAACGGAAUCUAUAAGUUACACACCAUCACCUAACUCUUCUGAAGGCACAGAGGGUUUCUUCCACAGACUGCCUUUGCUAAUGGGUGGGCAAGCUUCCAUGAAGCCUGAAUAUGGAAGACCUGGAGAGAAAUCUCCUACCCCCAAGCAGGAAUUUCAUCAGCCUUCCUUCCCAGUACCUCAGUUCCAUCCUUUGCCUGUUCCAGGCAAUCAUCCAGAUUGUGGCUGUCUCUUUGAAUCGUCUGACUUGAAUGCAUUUUAUGUUUAUUAUGGCCAAAGUGGAUAUAAUAGUUACAGUCAUUGCUCGAUGUACCCGAAGGAUGAGUUGUCGCAAGCAACGGGUUGUGAGGCACUUUUGGUAUCUCCUGGUUCCUUGCCGUCUGACCCCUCCUUUCAGCCAUUUCAUUGGUGUAGCUCUCCAUAUUGUUGUGGAGAGGGACCAGCAAUUAACAGCUUCAGCCUUUGUGGAGUUAUGCAUGUACCAGAAAGCAGAAUUGGUAGUGGGCAUACAGGGCGGAAUGGCUACCCUUAUAAGAUGCCUUUUGCAGCAGAUAGCUGCAAGUCCCUGGACCAGCUGAGCCUCACAAUCCCAGUGGCAGGACAUCCCGUUUCACCUGCCCAUCCUCUCUCAGGAUGUCCAGUACCCAGUGUGCCACCAGCUGCAGAACCUGUUCCUCACUUACAAACGCCAAACUCAGAGCCCCAGACUAUGGCCCGUGAAUGCCCACAGAGCUCCAAACCACCCAGCGGCUCUAAAUCUGGCCUCCGGAAUACCACUAGCUGCUUGCACGUAUCUGACAGCAAAACAGUCGGAAGUCACCUGCAUCCAAAGCAGCAACGCAUCAACCGGAGGAGAGCCACAAAUGGUUGGAUACCCAUUGGAGCGGCAUCUGAGAAGGCUGUCUAUGUGGUGAAUGAGCCAGAACCAGCUGUUCGUAAGAGCUACCAGGCCGUGGAAAGAGAUGGAGAAAUCAUUCGGGUUCGGGAUACAGUCCUUUUGAAAUCAGGGCCACGGAAGAAAUCAAUGCCUUAUGUGGCUAAGAUAUCUGCCCUGUGGGAAGACCCCAAAACAGGGGAAUUGAUGAUGAGCCUCCUGUGGUAUUAUAGACCAGAGCACACUCAGGGAGGCCGUAAUUCUAGCAUGCAUCAGAAUGAGAUCUUUGCAUCCCGACACCAGGACGAGAACAGUGUGGCCUGCAUAGAGGAGAAGUGCUAUGUUUUGACCUUUGCAGAGUACUGCAGAUUUUGUGCCUUGGCAAAGCGUCGCGUGGAAGGGAUUCCAGGCAAGAAAACGGUGAUGGUUCCUCCUUCUGAAGAGUAUUCCACCCCUGCCCAUCGCAAGGUGCCAGAGGACACUGAUCCAGAGUUGGUUUUUCUCUGCCGUCACGUCUAUGAUUUCAGGCAUGGACGCAUCUUGAAGAAUCCACAGUAACACCACUGUGGCGUUAAGUGAGCAACGAUAGCAGGCCAUUAGGCAGGCUAAGCUCUUUGUCCGUGUAGGGGCCUCCUUCGGCGGAGUGCUGCCCACAGGCACUACAUAACAACCCCGAAGCACUCAGUCCUCUACAUCUGGGAGCAGACUUCCUGUUAAGGCAGAUCUUCAAAGCACAGCACUUCAUAUAAAAAGCAUAAGUGGAAAUAUAUAUCUAUAAAGAAAUGUGUGUCUGUAUAUAGAUAUAGGUGCUUGCUUCUGUAAAUCUAUAUCUAUAUAUCUGUACAAUGAGCUUCAUAUACUGGAGGGAGGGGGGAAGGGAGGAUAAAGUGGAUAAAAGCCAGUAAACUGACUCUAGAGCCAAUCUUGUUGGGGAUGAGUAGAACAUACUGAAGGAAAACUUCAGUGUAGAAGUGAAUCAAACUAUAAGAAGGUUCCUGGUGUCAUGUCCGUCUAAAAAGAAGAAGGACAUACAUUCUUCUGUUAGUAUAAUACUAAAAAUGGAGAUGAGACCUUGUUUGGGAGCCAUCAAUAUACUGAAAAUCCUUCACAUAUUCUGCAUACAUACUACUUGAGAAGGACUACACUCAAGUAUUGUGCAUUGCAAUUUGUCAAAUCGUUGCUUUAAAGCAGAAAGUGGGAAAGAUGUAAUAGAUCACCUCACACCAUUAUGAAAAGCUGCAUAUCCUUCUAAGAUUGAAGCUCUAAGCCAUUGGCUUAGCAUAACUUACAUUGACAUCUAUAGGACCUAUUUCCGAAUAAAUGCCAUAAAAAUCAGGAUAUCGGGAAACAGGCCCAGCCUUAAAGAUCAUGCUUAUUGGGCACAGCAAUGGUGGGGUGAGAAGGUGGCACUUGAAAAGUUCUCAAGAGUUUGAGACAUAAAUAACAGCUGCUACAAUACUGAUCUCUUCUCUCCACAAACUUAGAGAGGCCUGCCUAUUUUGGGCAGAGGUAAUUAUAUAUAUUUUUUUCCCUUCCACAUCCCAUUUCUUUACUCCAUGUACAGUCCUCAUAGAACCUGGAUUGCACACUCAUCUAACUUGGGAGGGCUAGAAGCCAGAGUUAAGAAACGCUAGCAUAGUGCAUAGUGCUUGAGUGUCAGUCUUUGAAACAGGCAUUGUAACCCAACUGAGUCUGUUUUUGGCCUGUCUACCUCUCUUCUCUCCCAUCCACCCCCGAAUAUCUUAACACUGACAUAUGAACAUGCCGUGAUGGUAAGACUCUGGCUUCCAAAAGGGACUGGCCAAUGAGAGGUUUGCAUUUUGAGAAACUGCUUCUUGAUUCUCACAAGAUAUUUCUGCCUCUUGCCUUACAUGUAUAGCUCUUAGAAUACUUUAGUUUAGCUUUAACACAAGCUGUUUCAGUUAAUUCUAAAGCAAACCAAAGGACAGCAUAAGAAGAGUCCACCCAAUCAGUCAACACCCAGCUGGGAUUCCAUUUGUAGAUUGCACUAAUUUGAAAAGGAGAAUCAACACUGUAUUAGUCCGUGUACCUGCUGACAGCCAGAGUUGCUCACCUGAACUAGGGACCUAUGUAGUUGCUUCCCCCCCACACACACACCUUUUGUAAGGGGUGAGGGAGAUUUAAUUAGUGUUCAGUUAUUAUCAAAGCUUUCUACGGCUUUAAUAUUGUUAUCUUUUCAAGUAGAGUUAGCACUAUAUCUUCUGACCCUCAGGCUAGAAGCAAGAGUUUGGCCACCAGUGCUCUAUAUCUGUUCUGGAGAAAGUAGCCCUACCAUAUUCAGCUUUUUGUGCUUUGACACAAAUGGUACCUGCAGACUUGCUCUACAUACCAAAGAAGGGAAAUGAUGGGGGGAAAACUGUGAAAAAAAAGUCUAACCAAUGGUGGAUAGCAGAGAUCAGGUGAUGAUUGCAUUCCAUCCGGAAUGGGUAUAUUCCUGCUUGGAGGAGGAAUCUUCCACCCUAAGGCUGAGCAUGAAUUUUCCAAGCUUGCUAGUGUCCGAGUAGUGGCUUCCUUUGAUCAAAACCACUGCUUGGGCACAUAGAAGGGAUUUUGGCUAUCUAGGCUACAAAGCAUAUCUUGUGGCAGCACAGGUAUGCAACUGAAGAUUCCGUACAACUUUUCUUCAUGCAGGGGAAAGCAACCCCUGAGGAGGAACUGUUUAGAUAGAAGGGGUAAGCAUUAGGGGUUGGGGCAGUAUUAUAUGCUCUGCAGCCAUGGCCUGUUCUUCCAUUUGCCAAGUCAAGGAGGGAAAGAUAGAGAUGAAGGGACAGUUCUUCAAUGAUCUGGGUUGGAGUGUAUAUGAAGAGUUGGCUAGUCUGAUCUAUGCGAAUCAGAUUCGGAUUCUUUUCUUUCUUUCUUAACUAGAAAUGGGAGAGAAACUAGUGCCAGAGAGCCUCUUCCCGAAAAGAUAUUUUAGAAUUCAUGGUGUGGUGGCUGGAAUCCUCAGCAUGGUGACUUGAGACCCAGAUUUAGGGCAGUCUUCCUGCCCUCAUGGAAAGAAGAUGAAAUUUAGCUUCAGAAACAGAGCAAGUUCGUAAAGUCCUGAUUUCUGUUGCUACUUCCUCCCUCCUCCUUUCUCUGGCUUCUCCAGGCAGGAAAGCAACAGUAGUCUAAAAACAAAUAAAAUGAAAUAAAAAUAGUUACCUACCCAAUUCUGAAAUAGGGUUGGAGCCCCUUUUCUGGAGAACAGAAACCCAAAACCUUCCCUGCUUCUGAUAAUUGUCAGAAUCUACUUCAGGCCAAGAAUAUUGUUUUAAAGAUUUGUGUAGUUGUUUUAUGCUGUUUGCAGACAGCAUGUAAAUGAUUUGAAAUGUCUUAUCUUCAAUGAAAAUAUUUCAUGCUUUUUAAUCUAUUAGAUAUGGAAAUAUUUUUGAAACUGAAAAUGCAGUCAGUAGAAUUUAAAUUGAAAUGUAAUACAUGUAAAAUAUAUUUUAGUUGAUAAUUUUGUAAAAUGCACUUUUUUGUGUCUCUUCCCUUGUUUCCCAGAUCUGUAUUUCAGUGUUUACAGAUGGAAUGAGAACAUUCCCUAUACUCUCCUUCUGUGAAAAAGAUAUAUUAGAAGUAAUUCUUAAAAAUAAAUUGAGAAAUUGUAUUGACUUAGAAAACAAAACUAAA